AUAGUCACUAAGUUAACUGAUUGGUACCCAUAAUAAUAAUAAUAAGUAUUACUAUUCUUUUUGAAAUAUUCAAAUAUACUUGGAGUAUUGGUGUAUUGAAUUUAGUUGUGAAUAGCAAACACUUGGAAAUAAAAAUUACAAAUACAUAUAUAUAUAUGAACAUAUUGCGUGGAUUUCUAUCAGAACCCAACGAUGUUCAGAAUAAAUAAAUCGGUGACUUUCACAUGUAUUGCACUGCUCAUUUGUCUUAUUUUACUAGUAAACAGUACACUGAGUAUGCGCACAAACAAUGAAAUAAUGGAAUUACCUGACAGUUAUUCACCAGAAUAUGAACGUUUAUGGUCAAGUCGACCAAGAUUCUUAUAUCCCAGUGCAUAUUUACGACCAUACAGAGCACCGUUUUAUCAAGAUACUAUCGAGAAAAAAAAUCGUAAAAUUGAUCAAUCAUUUUAUUCUUAUUAUGGUUAAAGAUUUUAUGUUUGAUCAAAUGUGUACGAUGGGUUAUAAUCAUCAAAUUACUUGAAACAUUGAAAAAACAAUGGAUUGUCAACAUUUCAAACUUGUUUACAUUUUCCAUGGAAAUAUAAAAUUUCAUCAAUAAUCACAAUAAAAAAAAUUUUGUCUUAAAAAAUAAAAAAACUGUUCUCUUUUUUUCUACUAAAAUUCUUUACAAUAAGUUCUGCUUGUUAUAAUGUUUUGAAAUAGAAACAUGACUAUUG